AUGUCCACGCUCACAGCAGCGAACAGCGCGAGGUUCACCGAGUUGAAGGGUCAAAAGUUCACCGUCGUGCGUGAGUUCCGCCCUCGCCUUUUCACUCACUCACUCCCCUCCAGCUCCAGACCAAUCCCUGUAUGUCAAAGGCAGAGAGGGAGGGAGGGUGAGGGAGUGAGGGAGUGGGGGGCACAGAUGAGAGAAAUGAUAGCAGAAGGCAAAGGAGAGGUGAAGGCCUGACCUCCUCUUCCCUUCCCCGGUAACAGAGACAAAGCUGCUCCUGCCGCCGCGGCGGCGCACACAGGGAGAGAUGAAGGGAGAAGAAAGGCAGGAAAAAUGGAGGAAGGGAGGGAGGGAGGGAGGUGAGGAGGAGGAGGGGGAGGAGGAGGCGGAAGGUAUUCGGUGACAUGGAGGGUGGAUGUCCAGGGGGGUGCAGGUGUUUGGCUACACAUUUAGUUCACACCGACCAACAUUUGUAGUUCAUAUGAGGGAUUUUCCUCUGAGAGGUUUUCAUGGUUCAGAUCUGAGGCUGAAACUACAGAUGACCUUCAGGAGGGAGGAGGGGGUUUAACUACGAGCAACAGGAGAGAGAGUUUAGGACUGAUUUAUAAAUAUACAGUUAGAUUUAGGACUAAUUUAGACACUAAUGUCUCCAAAAACAGAUUUUUAAAUUUAAGUUACGAAUGAAAGAUGAACAAACAAAUAAAAGGCUGAAAAACAGGCUCAGAAAAUCUACUAUUACAGUUACUGUGAAGGAUGUCAGGUUCUGAGAUUCUGUAAUAUAGAAUAGAAUUCAACUUUAUUAUCAUUGCUCAUGUCACGAGUACAGAGCAACGAAAUACAGUUUGCAUCCAUCUAGAAGUGCUUAACAAGUAUAAAUAUAUUUACACGGUAUGAAGGAGAGAUAUACAUACAUGAGUAUAUCACUAAAUAUAUGUGUGUACAGACUAUAGUAGUGUGUGUACAGGUUAUAGUCAUGUAUGUACAGGUUAUACAUAUGGUAUGGUGAGUGAAUAUCAGAAUGACUGAACAGAUUUUUAAUCAUUUGUUUAUUUUUUCACUGAAUAAAAUAGUUAAAUCCACAUUAUUGUGAUAUUUUCACGGUCUGUGCCAAACAAACAAGUUUUAUUUCUCCCGGAGAAGGAGGUUUGAAGGAUUUGAUCAUUUCUGCUGCACAAUAUAACUCCAUCAUGAUUCUGUUUUCUGACAGAUUUGACUCUUUAACAAAUAUCUACAGAUUCUGCCGAUUAAGAUUUUUACAGUUUCUGAUUAUUUUGAGGUUUAUCGCGCAGACAUGUUACGGUGCUGUGCGUAAAAUACAGUCUGGGUUCACUAAAAUGUUUUAUGUCCAGGUUAGGAAAUAUAAUGACGUUUAUAAACACUACUUCAGCCCAUUUCCGGUUCUACAAAUACAUGUUUUGGGACAGAAUAAAACCACUGAGCAGAUCUGAAUAAAGAGGGUUUAUUUUUUUGUGUUGGACAGACCGUCUAUAUUCUCCCCAGACCCGUUUUCGCAGAGGGACUCGAGCUCUUCCUCUCCUCACUCUUAUCAACACCUCGCUGUCAAAAACAAACUCUUAUCUUGCUCACCCUCCAAAAAUAUUACUCUGCUUAUCUGAUUUUCCACUCUGAAGAUUAAUGUGUCCACCCCCCCCCCUUUACUUUACAUGAGAAGAAUGAGCCCCAAAGCUUUUUCCCCUCUCCUCUGCAUUCCUCUCUUUUUCUCUUUUCAUUUCCUGAGCCGCUGCAGAGUUCAGUCAGAGAGAAAGCGAGCAAAGAAUUAACGACAAGAACAGAAAAUAACGAGAUCAAAAAAAAAAACACUCAAAGACACCAAAGUGGAGAUGGACUUAUUUUACAAUUACUGCUUUGAAAUCCUGAGAAGGUAAAUUAUGGCAACACGUUUCCUUCUUGGAAAAUACAUUUUAAAAAUGUGAAAAAACGGUAGGACAGAAAAUAAGAAAAAUUAUUUUAAAAAAUCAAAAGAAAAUCUAAAACUGAUAAAAUUCAUUCUGCUUUUUCCAGUCUAAUUUUGGCUGCCAAUAAUCGAACAUCCAGCUGUUCAUUUUAAUUGAUUUGGGAAAAUAUUUUGGCCUAAAAAAAAACAAAAACAGUAAAAAAAAAAACGUGUUUUUUGUCGUUUUUUUGUGUGUGUGUUUUUUAGAUGUGGCAGGGAAAAAAAGGAGAAAUUAGAAGAGGAAAAUUAUAAUCCAGUAAAAAUGUAAUCUAUUUAUCGACCUGAGCAUGAAGCCACCCCUCACACACGCACACACACGCGCACACACAGAGAGCAGAGAAAAGGUAAUGGCUGAAUAACUACGUUACAGAUUCCAUCUUUCUCCAAAGGUUCAUCCCGAGUUCAGCGAAUCAAUUCAAUUUAAGUUGCAGCGCGCAUGCGUUACGCGUGACAGGAGUUCUAAUAAUCUAUACCAUUUGCACAUGCACGGACCCUCUAAAAUGUCACACACCGAUCCCACUCUAUUCAUCUCUAUUUGGAGAUAAAAUCCAUUCAGAGAGAAAAAAAAACACAGAAUAUAAAAAUGAGUGAAAGUGCAGAAUCGAUGCUGAUACACGUCUGUAUUUGGGGGGAAAGGAUGAAAUCCAUUGACAGUAUAAGAAGAAGUAAAAUGAUCAGGGAAAAGUGUGGACAUAUGGCUGCAGUUAACUCGAUAAAAAUCUCUCUUCAGGCUGCAGAGGGUCGAAUAACAUCGAUAUAAAUCCACCUGAUACCUCUGUGUCCGCUCCAAAGCCCGCUAAGUAGACUCAAAACGGUUGUUUAUACCAACUAAGCUGCGAUGCAACACAUUAGUUCGUGAAAUACUUGAUGAAUAUAAGCCUGUGAAGUGAUGCUGCGGUUUUCUGCUGCGGGCUCUCAUGUCAGCGUGUGCGCGGGUGUCAUUUAUAUUUAUACAACAAAAGGAAGAGGAGAAAUGAUCCUGGAAGAAAAGGAGAAAAAAUCUGAGAGAGAGAGAGAGAGACCCCCUCCCUCUCUCCUUCUACUCUACUGACCAUUUUUCUUCAAAGUAAUGACUCCAACUCGAUUUAGUCUGACGGAGAGAGAGAGAGAGAGAGAGAGAGAGCGAGAGAGAGAGAGAGAGAGGACAAAAUGACAGAAAGAUGGGAGCAAAGAGAGAGAGGGAGAGAGAGAGAGAGAGAGGUGGAAAUGGCAUAAAGAAAGAAAGGGUGUGGAAAGGGGAGGGGGUGAGUAAGGGUGAGUAGGAGAGGAGAGGGUGGGGGUGUUCUGCUGUGCUCGGGGUGAACGGGAGGUCAGCGCGUCUCUCCAAUAUUAAAAUGUGUACCGGGGACGCGGGGUGACACGCCUCGCCCGUUAAACAAAGAGUGUGCCAAAGUGGCAGAUUAAUUUGAAAACUUGAGUCCGUGCACACACACACAACACACUUAAUGCCUUAAAGAGCCAACACUCUCCACGGCAGCCCGGCUCGCGCUCCCUCAGCCCCCGAACCGCUCGCUUUAACACCGGGAAACACGCGGCACGGUCACCGGUGAGGUGGAGAGGGUGGGUGGGGGGUUUCCUCGUGUCAUUUCACGCAGGUUUGAUCUGCUUUUCACGCGCGGCGCGUCCGGAGCUCUGAGGUUCGGGUUUCUGCUGGAUUACCGACGUUAAUCCGUCCUGAUGAGAGGUUCAUUCAGAGGCGGAUUCGGUUCGGAUUAAACAGCCGUGUUUACGCACACCGGAGAGAGCGAGAGAUGCGCGUCUGAGCGCGUGUGCGUGUGAGCGGGGGUGUCCGCGGAAAUGACAGCGCCUUUUCUUUUUUUUUCUUUUCUUUAAGAUACACGAAGAAGAUUCACGGAGAGGUCACAUAACCUGUGGCGUCGGAGGAAGAGGGGAAGAAAGGUAGAGGAGGAAGAGGAGGAAGAGAGCAGAGCUGAAGGAUUAAACAGAGGAGAAGAAGAGAAGCGCAGAAGAAGAAGAAGAAAUGAUCACGAGGAACAUGGUUGGACUGGAGGUGAGGACGGCGCGAGGAAGGAGAGGAGGAUUCACGAGCUCCAGAGGAGUGAGUACACAAAAAAUCUCACUGUAGGAGAGGAAGCUGCUCAUUUGCAUUUGGUGUGUGUACGUGUGUGUGUGUGUGUGUGUGUGUGUGUGUGUGUGUGUGUGUGUGUGUGUGUGUGUGUGGCAGGUGCUUUGCCCACGCUGGGAGGAAGGGGCAGACCACGUGUUGCAGGAGCUGCCCCCCCCCCUCCUCUUCCUCUUCCUCCUGUUUUUUUUUUUUUUUUACAGUUCAGUUCAGAGUGACUUCAUCGAUUAUUAUUUCUGAUCGAUUAAUCGAACAGUGUCUCCAUUAA